ACUAACAACCGUUCUUUUUACUUUGCUUUUCUUAGAAGAAAAAUCGAUCCUUUCUCUCUCUAUAUACCAAUCUUAUAUAUAUACACACACAUUUGUUGAUUCUUUAAAUGGAUUUUUUUUUUCUGUAAAUUUUGAUGCUGUGUAAAAGAACUUUGAAAGGAACUGGAUUUAUUUAUUGGGAAAAUGGAAAAUAUUUGCUUUUUAUAGGUAAAUAUUUCUAGGUUUGCUUUUUUCUUGUGUUUUAUUUUUUGGGUUCUCAUUUUUUUAGUUGUUCUUUAGAGUUUUUUUUUGUGUUUUUUUUUCUUCUGUAUUUGGUUGUUCCUGUUGAAUUAUCUUUGUUUGCUUUUUGUUUCUGUUUCUGUUUUAUUUUUGGAACUGAAUGAUGAAAAAGGAGUUAUCUUGGCAGUGGUUUCUUGGGUUUCAUGUUUCUGUGAUUCUUUUGGUGAUUGUUGUAAGUUGAAAUCAAUCUAUUGGAUGGUUUCAUGAUGGCUUCUUGUUAAUAUUUAUGCUUAUGGGGUCUGAAUUUGAGUUCUGGAUUUGGAUUUUUUUAUUUUUGGACUAUUUCUUUGUUAGUUUUUAUGUGUUAGGGACAAAAGUAUUGGAUAUUCAUGAUUGAUAUAAGUUCAAAUUCAAAGCAAUCUAUAGGGAUGGUUUCAUGAAAGAUUCUUGUUGUCUUCAUGCUUAUAGGAGCUAAAGCUGAGUCAUUGAUUUGGUUUUGCUGAUUUUCAGAUUCUGGGGUUGGGAAUCUAGUUGGAAAAUUUAGCUACUUGGGUAAUUUGGGCUGUAGUUUGAGUCCUGCAUUGGUCAUUGGAUUCUGGAUUCAGUUGGUGUAUGUAAUUUGGAGAAGAAAUUUGGGGUAGACUUUUUUUUUUUUUUCCUCUGCUUGGUUAAUCUGUAGUUAUGUCUAGUUUCGUUGGUGUCGUUGUCUCUGACCAAUGGCUUCAAAGCCAAUUCACACAAGUCGAGCUUCGCAGCCUUAAAUCAAAAUUUGUUUCAGUAAAGAACCAAAAUCAUAAAGUUACAGUUGGAGAUUUGCUGCCCUUGAGGGUGAAAUUGAAGGCUUUUAGUACUAUGUUUACCGAGGACGAGAUUAGUUAGAAAUUGGGCGAAUCCUAUAGUGACAUGAGCAAUGAGAUUGAUUUUGAAACAUUCCUCAGGGUGUAUCUAAAUUUGCAAAGUCAGGCUACAGGAAAAUUGGGCGGUCCAAAGAAUUUGUUAUCGUUCCUAAAGGCCUCCACAACCACUCUUCUUCACACGAGCAGUGAAUCAGAAAAAGCCUCUUAUGUUACACAUAUAAACAUUUAUCUUGGGGAUGAUCCAUUUUUAAAGCAGUUUCUUCCGCUGGAUCAGGCUACGAAUGAUCUUGUCAAUCUUGCAAAAGAUGGAGUACUUUUAUGUAAGCUUAUCAAUGUUGCUGUGCCAGGAACAAUAUACGAACGAGCUAUCAACACAAAUAGGGUACUUAACCCAUGGGAGAGGAAUGAGAACCAUACCCUUUGUCUCAACUCUGCAAAGGCUAUUGGCUGCACUGUGCCACAUCUCUUACUUGGGUUGAUCUCUCAAAUCAUAAAGGAUGCAAAAGCUUAUGCAUACCUGCUUAAUGUUCAGGCACCAGAGCACUGCAAUCCAUUGACCCUAGAUACUAAGGAUGCUGCCGAAAGGGCUAAACUGGUACUUGACCAUGCAGAGAGAAUGGGCUGCAAACGGUAUUUGAGCCCUAAAGACAUAGUUGAGGGCUCGACAAACCUGAAUCUUGCAUUUGUGCCUCAAAUCUUUCAUCAGAGAUGGUUUGCUUACAAGGGUUUUCGCGAGCCGCCAGUCCAUUAUCAUGUUGGUGUUUUAGGCUGUUUAGUUAGUAAAACAAAGUCUGCUCUUUGCUCUUUAUAUGUUGUCUCUAGUUUUGUUAUUGGAUAAGAAAAACAUGUGUGCUGUUGCGGGAAUGGCCUGAGCGUAGACAGCAAAAAGAUUUCUUUUGCAGAAAGGAUGACAGAUGAUAUGCAAAUCUCCAGAGAAGAGACAUGUUUGCGACUGUAGAUCAACAGUCUUGGGAUUGGGAGUUAUGUUAAUAAUGUCUUUGAGGAUUUCAGAACUGGAUGGAUACUUUUAGAGGUGCUUGAUAAGAUUGCUCCUGGAUCAGCUGUUGCAGUACCAGAUGGACUUGAAGUUGGGGUGGUUUUUGUGGCAACAGGAAGCAAAGGGGGCUCAAUAAC